AUGUCUUUCGGUUUCGGAAUAGGCGAUUUUAUCGCUGCGGGGGAGCUUUGCUGGAAGCUCUACUCACAAGUAUACAAAGUUUCUAGAGAUGCACCCGAAGAGCUCCGUGGACUUAACCAAGAGCUCGGAAACCUCCACAACACCAUCCAGUUGCUCAUCGAAGAGCUCAAAGACGAAGACUCAGUGUUGAAACACUCUGGAGAUGUUCGGGUCAACCUUGUUAAUCGCGUCAUGUCGCAAUCAGAAGAAACACUCAAAAAGAUGCAGCAGCUAUCCAAGCGUUAUGCAGAGCUCCAAGCGCCAAUUAAGGGACGAGAAAAACGACUCAAUCCGCGCAUUUAUUGGGAUCGAUUAAAGUACUCACAGGAGCUUCACACUAUCAAUGAUCUACGCGCCAAAAUAAUGCUUCAUAACUCUCAACUCACCCUUACUUUGCAGGGUGCUCAAAAUUCAUCUUUGGAACGCAUAGAGAAACAAAAUACACAGACCGACAAAAAGCUAGAUGAGCUGCGACAGCUUCUCGUGUCUGAUCGCGCUCCGCGGGAUCGACCGAUGCUUACAGCUCCUUUGGACACAAAUGCUUUGAUGGAGUUGACAGACGCAUUUCUACAGAAGGCAGAAUUUGACAAUCGUCCUUGGGCAUCGAUUGGCAUUGAUAGCUGGCUUCAAAUAGGUCAAUGGUGGCUCAUGAAGGCAGAGUCACAACUGGGGGCCGCUCCAGAAUCUAACGAAUACAAUGGUACAUAUAAUCAAGGGUUCAUAAAUCUAUUGAAAGCAUGUUGGAUAUUGACCGACAUGAUUGCCAUACAUCCCCAGCGGACUCACAUGGGCUCAUCGAAUGACCGUCGCGCGUAUCACAUUCAGCGUCUUACUCAAGCAAGUAUAAUAAAAUGA